CCUCCCCUUUCUCCCAGCCAAAAAGCGCCUCAGUGGGCUGUGGGAGGCUGCAGAGCCCUCAGCCUGGGAUGGCAUCCUGUCGAGAUCUCUCACUCUCCUCCGCUGUGUUUCGUCUGAUUGUCGCAUACGGUGCUGAGUAAAGACGAGGUGAAGGUAGAAUGGGCCAAAUCCUCUGGUCCCCCCUGUAACUCUGGAAAUGGAUCCGACAUCACCGCAAACAAACACAGACAAUGAGGUCCAUCUCAAGGGGCUGGGCCAGGCUGGUGUAAAGAGGAUGCCACAGCGCCCCCUGUGGGAGUUGCAGUGCCACUGUCCUGCCCCCACCACACACUUCUCUUCCUGGAUGAUGGAGGGAGAGCCCUUCACCUCUGCUCUCUCCUCUCUGCUGUACUCUGCCGGGGGACACUUCGUCGCCCUCUCCUCCUCCUCCUCGUCCUCUUCAUCUUCGUCUUCCUCCUCAUCCUUGUCGGAUUCAGCUGUCGCUGCCAUGUCUCUGGAGCAGAAGACAACUUUUGCCUUGGUCAUCUUCCUCUUUGUUUUCCUCCUCAUCCUCAUUGUACGAUGCUUUCGUAUCCUGCUGGACCCCUACCGCAGUAUGCCGACCUCCACCUGGGCAGAUGGCCUGGACGGUCUGGAGAAGGGCCAGUUUGACUACACUCUGGCCUAGAGUUCAAUACAAAAUACACACAUCCAAGCACACUUGUGUAUAUUUAUGUACACACUCACACACACUGUGUUACUGUGUUUGCCUUAAGUUGGCACACACACACACACACACACACACUGUUUCAUGCACAAGCUAACUGAACAAAGAGCAGUUCAGAAUUAGCAUAAUCUGUGUGUACUUUACUCCCAUCCUCCUCCACAUGGAUGAAAUGGACUCACGUGAGCUUGGUUGACUGUGAGAACACAUACGCUGCCAGGCUGGGAAGACACACACGCAGGGAAGACAGACACCUUAAUAUGAGGCUUUGAUCAGUCAGUGGUUGGU